UUUAUUGUUCGUCGCCCGGUUGCAAAGAAGCAGGUUAGUACAUUAUUUCCUGCUUAAUUUUUUUUUUUCGAGGAAGUUGGUAUACCAUAUUUCAUGCGCUGGAUUGGAAGAACUGAAUAGACAGAGGGUAUGGACUUGUUUCUUAUGUCAGAUACAGGAAGCCAAAGAAAGGGAAAAAGAAACGAAAGGGGAUAGUUACUCUAGCAAUACCGCUUUUGCUUCUAAUUCGAAGCUAUUUCUAGAACUUCUCUCAAGCUAUGACGAAACUGGAUUGUUUCAGUUGCCAGUCCCUGAUACUGUUGAAAAUUACUAUAAAUAUGUUCAUCAACCAAUGGACUUUCAAACAAUGAGGAGUAAACUUUUUAAAAAUGAUAAAGAAGAGUAUAAUGUUAAAAAAGUAUACGAGGACUUCGAAAUUCUUUGCAACAAUUGCCUUUCAUUUAACCCUAAGCAGUCGUAUUUUUGGAAAGAGGGCCUGCGUUUAAAAAAGUUAGGCACUGGUUUAUACCGAGUCCUCCAAAAGAUUAACGUGUUAGAGGCUCCUACUUGUGUGACUACAGAAGAAGCGCCCCGUCCGCUUCCAAGCCCAAAGCCGAAGCAAUGUACUUUCCUCGCCCCUUUUACUAAUUAUGAGGCCGUCAAGGCAGGAGACUGGAUCACUACUCCUUUGGAGGUCCGCCCUUAUAGCGAAGUCAGUAGCUAUGUACCCGUUUUGGAUGAUAAUUUAAUUAUGGAAAAGUUGAAAACUAAUAAACGUGGUCAUUGCCAUUAUGAAUACUGUUGCAGUACAAUAAACUUGCUAGAGGCUAGUUGCAGCCCAUCCACUUCGGAACUAGUGUGUCCCGAUUACAUCAAAGGGGUUGAAUGCGAAGAAGGACUUUGUACGUGCGGUAUAAACUGUUGCAACCGGUCCAUAUCAAGCGGGAAGCGGCUCAAGUUGGCUCUCGAGUUUAAUGCUACAACUGGCGGCGAUCUGGCUAAAACUAAUACUUGGGGGCUCGACCCGUACACUCGCAAAAACGUUUUUCUUACACUGGUGGAAUAUGAAUUAUCGGAACGCAAUUGCGAAAACGGCAGUUUAGUAUCACCCAAAGCGCCUGUCGCUAGUACCUUACAUUCUGCUACAACAAAUGCAACAAAUGCAAAUACUGAAAUUACAAGCCUCCAGUGCGAUAGUACAGCUCACGGAAUUCUGAAUGAAUUUGGACGAAUUGAAAUUAAUUACGGGCUUCAGUUUUUUGUCACUUCCCGUAUUGAUCGCUUUAUCUCCACUCUGGUAGCGACGAUCAACGGACAGCCCGAUGACAUGGCUUGGAACAUGCGGCAUGCACUUCGCGCUAUUAUCGAGGUCAAAAAGUUUAUACUUCACGAAACUGAUCGUGAUUACUUUACAAAGUAUGCUACCACGUUAUUGUACAAAUUAUCCAAAUACUCUUUGAACUUCUUUAAAAUCUUCCCUAAAGGGCAGGGAAUAAUUUGUAUCCGAAGCGAGGGGAUCUCCCGGAACACAUUUGUAUGCGAGUACUAUGGGGAGGCUUAUCUCCCCUCCCGGUGGUUUGAAAAGCAAGACGCACUUAAGAAACUUUGCAAGAAAGGCACCCUUUUAGAUUUUUAUAACAUCAUUUUGGAAAGACACACAGAUGAUGAUAAGGGCUAUGACGUCUUGUUCAUUGACCCCUCUCACUACGGCACUUACACGAGUCGUUUUAGCCACAGCUGCGAUCCUAAUUGCGAUAUACGCGUGACGGCUGUAAAGGGCUCGUAUGUUUUGGGAAUCUACACCAUCAGAAACAUUUGUUACGGAGAAGAGCUUUGCUUUGAUUACAACUCCGUGACAGAAAGUCUUGAGGAGUACCGCUCAGCCAUCUGCCUAUGCACCUCUGCUUCCUGUCGGCAAAGUUACUUGUACUUUUCCAACAGCUCAACUUUUCAGCAAGUUAUAUCGGUGGAUCACACGGUACUAAACCGCCACGCCUUGCUACUGCGCGCUGGGGAAGAGCCUCUGACGGACCAGGACCGCAUGUUUCUUGGGCAACAUGGCAUUAAAAACUCUGUUUUAGCUGGUCUGCCCAAAUGGAUCAUCAAGUACAUAUCUCUUGUCCUCGAAUAUAUAGUAUUUGAAAAAGAAAAACUUCCACAUGUCCUUGCCCAUAACGGCUCUACCCCUCUCCGCCACGGCGCACUCAGCCAAGAGCAGCCUAGUGAAGCGUUUGGGUGGGAUGAUGCUGUGGAUGCUGCUCAAGGUGUUUUUCAGAACAGGCUGCAAAAUCUUGUCAUCACGGUGGACAAAGUUAAGCUGUGCCUAAGAAAGCAGGGAUCGUACGUCAAUACUAGUAAACCCCUCCUUCGACGCAUGACGGACGACGAGAUAAUCGCCUACUUGUGGAACGGAGAAGAGUCCGUCGUACGCCGGUUGCUCAGCUCUGGGAAACGGAGAAUUCCUUCAAUAAUAUGCCGUGAAGUUGAAGCGAUGGUUGCUGAAAAGGUAAAAGUCGUUUCUGAAGCAAAAAGGCAACUCUUGCGCGUUCGACAGGCCCUCAUGCAUGUCCCCAACCAGGCUGACAUUCGUCACGUGUCCGCGUGUGAUUACCUUCUGCUUGUAUCCAGUACAGAAGCGUUUAUUACCACUGGGAACACCUUUGACGGGUUCACAUCCGAACCGGCCCCCAUAAGAAGAGAAGAUCUUCCCCGUAAAAUGAAAGUCAAUAUAAACGGCAUAAAACCGAAGUACUACAGUAGGCACUAUAUUUGGGGGCAACUUAUAUUUUGGGACCGCCAGACCAUCGCUGAGCCUGACCAGAGCCUCAUGGCCGCGAGGUACGGGCCAAUUUGUCUGCCGGAAGCGGAGUCGUGCUAUACUUCAUCCAAGCUAUAUAAUGAAUCGGCAAGGAAGCAAUUUUUAAGCACUCUUAGGAAACAGCCGAGUAGUCAGUGGCGAUGCAGUCUGCCGUGGAGCUUUAAAAACAAGCACAAGGUGUGGGGGACGCCGAUGCUGGACAUUGCCCUGAAGCUCAAAACCUUAGAUGACCAUGACCGAAUGAUUGGUCAAAUGAACAACUGCAAAAUCGUAUAUGUAAAUCCGCACGAAUUUACAAGCAAAAAAAGAAAGACUUCCACCGAAUGACUACCCUGUUUAUAGCUGAACCGAUAACUUUUUAUACACGUGAAGCUUGCCGCAAGCCUGGUAGCUCUUCGGUCGUUAGCUAGAAGUCACGUGGCUAAUAGGCACAGUAGAAAAUAAAAACUGCCGUUUAGGAAUUCAUC